AUGGACCGAACCCUCCCUGAAACUGAACCUCCGCGGCGCGGACCAGACACUGGCGCGGACUCGAGAAGGGACCCAGCGCACACGCUGGCGCCCGAAACCGACUCGGAAUCCAGCCGCACUCGGCUGAGCCCCACCGGGCGCUACCGCGCCGAGGCCCGGCGCUCGCGCAGGCGCGUGUGGCCCAGUCCCGAGGUUCGCGGACAUCCGCCCCCAGCCGCGGCGCUCGCGCAGGCGCGUGUGGCCCAGUCCCGAGGUUCGCGGACAUCCGCCCCCAGCCGCGGCGCUCGCGCAGGCGCAUGUGAAGCAGCCUCGAAGUUCGCGGGCGUCUGCUGGGAGUCUCCGGAUCGCUUGGGGCGUGUGGAGCAGCCCCCAGGUUCUCGGGCGGCCCUCAGCGGGAGCGUGGGCGCCGCGGGCAGGGCGGGCCGCGCCCUCGGGGUCCGCAGCAGGCAGUGCCCGGCAGGGAGGCGGCGUGGGGCGCCCCGGCGGAGCCCGGGAGCCGCGGUGUUCCAGAACCAGUGUCAGUUCUCGGGGCAGAGGGUGCCUAGGCGUCCUUCCCUGGCCCGCUCUGCUUUUGCCGGAAAACCAGUGGCGUCCCCGCAGGGCCGAGCAGGCCCGCGGGCACCGCAGCGCUCUCCGGAGUUCUGUUGGUUGGCCUGCGAUUCCAAGAAAGUCAGAGGAGCAGCGGCUGCAAAUUCGCUCACUGUUUGUUCUUUCCUCUUCCACACUCGGGUGUUGUCCUUGCCUGGUCACUUGGGCCUUUCCCUACCUCCAGGAAGGAUUUGCGGGGCCUCGAAAGAGAAGGGAUCUUCCCAGCGCUUCAGGACCCGGAUGCCACCUCCCUGCUGGGGACUGUCCAUGUGGCCUUGCUGGCAAUUCCACAGAUGGCAGACUGGAACCACUGUGGCUCUGGCAGCUCUCCCUGCACAGAUUUUAAAUGGCCCUUCCAGAUUUUGCUCUCAUCUCAAGCAAAAGAAAUAUAAACUUUGUGAACAUCUUAGGACAGUCUCCAGCAUGCAAACAGAGCUAUUCUGAUUGGGGAGCUGGAGCUGCCUGAAAGAAGCUUCUUGUUCCUUGCCUGACGGCCUGAGCCAGGGGGCUUUCUCGUGUUCCUUUGGAGGAACAUUGGACAGUGCCAUUGUGGUCACAUGAGUGAAAGGACCCAAGCCAGGCACUGUGCUAGGAGCUCCAUCUCAUUCAGUCUUCACAGAGAGACUGAGGUGUCACCUCCGUUUUGUAAAAUACAACAUAAAGAAUUUAAGCCACACUGAGGGUAGGUAACUUUGUCCAGAAGGACAGAGCUGAGUUUGAGCCUGGAACUCCAGGACCUCAGGUACUUGUGCUUAAGCACAGUGCUCUGCCACCUACCUGGUGCUGUAACCUGGUGGAUGUUAAACCACGGGGCUGAUUUCUGCCUCAUCUGCCCUGCUAGCAACCUAGGUCUCAAAAAAAGAGGAAUCUCUGGAUUAGUCUAGGUUGUCAGGCUAAAUCCGGACCUUUUGCAAAGUUUUUCUCUGUGAACUAGAGUUUAAACUUGCACACUCAGACUAGUAUAUCUCUGAAGUGUGUAUUUUCUUCCCAAACCAAUCUAAGACCAAGAGGAAUCAGAGUUACUAAUAAGCACCAAGAGAGAACUGGCAUCUUUCU